AUGAGUGACAAGGUAACGGAGCAAAUUGAGGAUGAGGUAAAUAAAUUAAAAAGUAAAGUUGCUGAGAGACUUAAAGAAACUGAAGAAAUAGCUGAUUUAGAGGGAGGAUUAGAAAAGCGUUCAUCUGGAUUGGUAAGGACUACAGAAGAACAUCAACAAGUCUCUAGCGAUACUAGAAGAAGAUUGUUUUAUAAAUGGGCUAAAUAUACUAUAAUUUUAGCUUUAAUUAUUGGACUAUUGGUAUGGAUUGUUUUUAAACCAAUAUUAAAGCCGAUAUUUGAAUUUAUUUACGCCAAAAUUUUUGGUAAAUAA